AUUUCAUAACCAAAAGUCAUCAAUCUUUGUCUUUCCUGUUCACGAUCAUCUUUCCCAGAAUCUAUCGGUAGCAGCUUGGGUUGCAAAGUUAAUAUGCAUGUAAAAGCUUCACCAUCUGUAUUAUUGGAGAUACAACAUGUACAUGUACAUUGUACCACAGAGGAAUAAAACACUACCCUAGUCAGGGUACCGUACAUGUAAGGCAGUAAUCAUCAUCAAGUGUGAUUCCGGUAGCAGAGUACAUGUACCUGUUUGUUUGUGGAAUUGAAAGUUGAUACGGGAAAUUCAAAAACCAGUAUCAUAGAUUUCUUUAAAAUUGGUGCUGAUUGCCAAUUCAGGAAGAAGAGGCGAUAUGUACAUGUACAUACUGUACAUGUACGUACGCAUUGUGUACUGUACCGGUAUUCAGCUUAAUUUGUUCACGGACGUGUCAGCAUCAUAUACGUGUACAUGAAGCAUCAUCUAUCCCUCAUCGAACAAAACAAUGCAGUAGUUCGGAGCAUCAAGAGCCUACAGCUUUAGCAUUGUGCCGGAACAGUGUAUUGGUUGCAAAGGUAACCUAUAAGGAACGGGCACAUUAGCUCCAUUUUGAGGGCACAGCUCUAGCAUCCCAAAGCCAACUCCAUGUUCCUGUGGACCCGAUUUGUGAAUCGUACACAUCAUGUACAUGAGAGUUAUCCACACCGCAGGAUGACCGAUAGGAGCUUUAGCCUGUCCCGGGAAGACGUCACCCACACGGGUUGGCUGAAGAAGCAGGGCGGGCCCUUCAAAUCGUGGCAGCGCCGCUACUUUGUCCUGCAGGGCGAGUACCUCCACUACUUCCUGCGGGAGGAUGACCCGCGACCGCUGGGCUCCAUACCGCUGCGCAACAACCGCGUGGAGAAGCGGCAGGUGAAUCUGGACGAACCGGGGAAACUCCUGUUUGAAAUUCUACCAGGCUCAGAUGGCCCAAGCAGACUCACCCCCAACCAUGAGACAUUCCUCCUCUGGGCACCCAGUCAGCAAGAGGUGGAUGAGUGGAUGCAGGUGUUGAGACGGGCCAUCUACAAGCAGAAGGGUGGAGGAAUAUUUGGCCAGAGUCUCUUGGACACCAUUACUAACGAGAGCACCACAAGCACCAAACAGAUCCCGUCCAUUGUAGAGCAAUGCGUGGAGCAGCUCCGGGAACGAGGAUUGCAAGAGGAAGGCAUCUUCAGGCUGCCAGGACGAGUCAGUCUGAUCAAGGAGCUCCAGGAGAGAUUUGACUGCGGCGAGAAGCCCGACUUCAAGGCCAGCAACACGGACAUCCACACCAUCGCAUCGCUGCUCAAGCUGUACCUCCGCCUGCUGCCCGAGCCCCUGAUCCCUUGGCAGCACUAUGAGAACUUCUACAACGGCAUCAAGCUCUACUGCGACCACGAGGAGGAGGGCAAGAAGGAGCUUAUCCGACAGUUGGCACUCUUGCCUCGCACCAACUACAACCUGCUCAAGUACCUGUGCGAGUUCCUGCAUGAUGUGCAGAGCUAUGAGAGCCAAAACCGCAUGAGUAUGCUCAACCUGGCCACCGUCUUCGGCCCCAACAUCUUCCGGCCACCCCUGGAGAAUGCCACUUCGCUGAUGGAGACCACCUCCAUGAGCCAGAAGUUCCUGCACCUGCUAAUCCGCCAGCAUGAGGAGAUGUUCCCACCCAAUGACCAGAUUGACUUCCGAACCAAAGGGAGCAGUCCAACCCCACCCCCGAGGAAGACGGGGCGCAACAUAACAUCUUCACCAGAGAGUCUGGACCUACUGAAGGAGCUCAAGGAUAAAGUUGCAAACGCCCCCGUUCCGGCUCCAAGAGACAAGAAGGACAGAGUUAAUUACGAGAAUCUCCUGAUCGACCUUGAUUCAGACUGGAUAAAGGUCCCAUCUGACACCGGUUUGGGCAAGCGCAGCUACAGUGUAGAUGGUGCAUUCGGUUUCCACGACGAUACCUCAUUGUCAGACUCCAGCACCCUUGAAUCGAGCAGUGAACACUUGUGUGGCAACUCGGAAGCGAACUCUAAGAACACCUCGCAGAUUGAUCUCGAUGCCACCAUUACGCCGGCGUCACCAAACACCUUGCACUUCAGCAACCAGGAAGCUCUUUCAAGUCUGGAGCGGCCUCUGCCGUCGCCUCUCCUGCCGGGCUCCGGUAAGCCUCAGACCUCCGAGAUAAACUCCACCUCCAUGGGAGUGGACCUGACGGCAGGGACUCCGGAGAAUGCAACCUUAAACCCUCCCAGCAACAUCUCCUCAUCUCAUCUGAAACUGCUGGAGGAAAAUGCAGCCCUGAAGCUUGACAUGCGUACUCGCCAGGAGGAGUAUGAACAGAAGUUGGUAAAAUGGAAAAUCAAGUGCGAAGGAUUGGAGAUACAACUCAGGAAUGAGGAGGCAGCUAAGAAAGCGACAGAGGAGCGGAACAAGCAGCUGUUGAAGCAGUUGAAUGCCUUCAUCGCGGAGUACGGACCCAAGUGACCUGGCUAAUCACACUGCCGCAGUCUACAUUUCGAGUUUGACCCCUGAGGUCACCGGCACACCAGUACCAAAAAAGAAAAAACCCUAACGUGGUUGGCGCCAGCUUCCAGCAGGAUACAGCAGCCUGUACUGCAGCCAUAUCUGAAUUACUUCUCUGCGGCUUGAAAUUUUACACACGAGUCUAUGACAGUGACUUCAGCCACUUCCCAUAGAGUUGCGUGUAACUGUAAGCCAAAGCCAAGUAAAUUUUAGACACAGAGAGAGCCUGGGAGAUAUCAGUAAAAGCUAAGCAACCUGGCCGCCCUUCAGCUUCGGGAAAUAAAACCUGCUUCUGGUCACUCAUGGUCCAGUGGGGAGGGUAUUAUUAUCAAUCAGGCACUGAUUUCAGUUCAUGUGUCCCAUAUUACCCUGCAGUCUCAUUACGUUUGCGUUCCUUAGGAUUCAAGAAUGCCCUAUGCCAUAGAACUUAAGCCAUGCGGUAUGUACAUUGCACAUACUAGCCAGCAGAAUUUUCAAUUCAUGCCAUUUUCAAUCUUGUCCUCUCUUGCUUACCUGUUAAGACCACCCGAGUUACUACCAGCUCUGGAAAAGGUCAAGUAUCUUUGUUCCACUUCUCACCUGUUAACAGCCGUUGUGAGCAACACGUCGGUCGUAGGUGUUUGUAUCACCACGUUCCAGCUUGCCUGAAAUUCAUAGACAAAUGCAAAAAUGACAUUUGCACAACCUGGUGUUGUGGAUAUAUUUUUAAGUGUUAACCCCAGAAUGGCUUACCUCUGGGCACUAGAUCACCUCCAACUUGCAAGAAUUCUCCCCUCAAUUUCUUCAGUUUAGAUACUUUCAACAGUCUGACGUCAGCGUGGUUGCUUUUAUUUAAGAGUGCAAAACGUCUAUUUUUAUAACUCUUCAAAGCUAUUUGUGAAAUAGCUGCAAGCGUUUGUACAGUCUGUACCAUUGUGCCUUUUUGUAGCAACUCAAGUCGUGUUAUUGCAUGGAAGUACAUUUUCUAUUGACUUUCUAGAUUUAUAAAAGAAAACACCUGGACGAUUUAAUCAAGUGCUUGAAUCUUGUAAUUGUAAGGGGCCUUAUGUGAUUUCUGCUUAUAUUUAUCUUAUUUCUAUAUCAAUUUUUUAUGAUAUAGUGCAUCAGUCUAGUGAACUGUGACGUUAACUUUUGUAAAGAUUUAUCGAGAAGCACGUGAUUGACGUGGUCUAAGAAAUCUGCUGUGCAUAAAGCCUAUGUCUUAUGGUAGUGACCUUGAUUUUUAUUCUUUCAGUUGAUAUAUUUUGUACAGAUUCUUCAUAGAAGUAAAUACCUGGUCAUUUUGAACACGGAUUUAAGGUUUUGAUGCUGUGAGUGCAUUCCGCAUGUGUAUUUGAGCGUGUGUGGCUUCUCACAGAAGUUUGUCAACGUGGAUGACAUCGUUAGUGUUGUUAUUUCAAGAUCAGUCGACUGUUAUCAUGUAGGCCAGACCGAUGUUUUUGACCUGUUUGUAAAUUUAAUAUGUAUGCGUAAUGUGUACAGAUCACAAACAGUAAGUGGACAAAUUAGUGUUUUGUUGAACAAAUGUAUAAUAGAAAUGCUUUAUUUUUUAUUUUAUUUCAGGUUUAAGAUGUGUAUCUUACGAAAGGUUCUCAAACAAAGAAAUGUGCAUUUUAGGAGGAAGCAAGCUUUUAUCUGUAAUGGCAAUAGUUGGCAAAUGUAUCAGUUGAGCUAAGGUCAUGAGGAAUUUUCUUGGACCUUGAUAUACCUUCCAACGAUUUGGAGGCAGUCAUCUUGAUUUAUUCAGCAUUUUACUCAUGCCUCCCAAAGGUUUUGGUAGCACUAUGGUUUAAAAAGACCCAUGUUUCUCGCAACAAAGCCAAGGUCUUUUCCUUUCAGGGACUCUGAAAAGGUAUUUCGGAACUGAUUUUAAAUUGUUUCCGGGGGGGGGUAUGCUCUAAAAAAUGUUAAAAUGUUCUUUAUUUACAGCCCAUAAGUUCAGUUUGCUCUUGCUGAUGCAAAGUAAUACAAUAUUACUGAGAGAAAAUAGCCUUUGGAAAGGCUCGGCACUCAUUUUGUGAGAUUUGGGUCACGCUUUGUGGGGAUAAGGUUGGGCCCUCAGUAGGCGAUCUCAUCCACACACCCCCUCCCCCCAAAAGCUUUUGUGUUGCAAUCUACGGGGUGCCAUCAUUUGUCACAGUAUCUUGGCUCCACCCCUUGAUGAAAUCUGCACAUGGCAUAUUUAAGAACAGACUUCUUAAAGUAUUAUGAUGACGAAUGUUCGUUACAAGCAAAUGAUCGGUGAAGCGCUCUUUUUUUAUGUAAUGGGAAUUUCCCUCUGCACAUUACAGCAUUAUAGCGUGUUCUAUUUUCUUUGCAUCACUGGUGUUAACAUCGAUGGUUGACUGGAGUAAUCAGGCCACUACCUUAAUUAGACAGUGUUGAGCAUUAUUUUUAUCAUUUAUGUUCUGUGUUACAUACUCGGAUUAACAAGCACUGCUUGGACAUAUCAUUUAUCCUAAUUGAUGUUUCUGAGUCAUAAACCGUUUCCACAGAAAAACAAAGUAUCAAUAUAUUGUUCGGGAGACGACAGGUUAUAUCAUUAUGGUUAAUGUUGUCAUCAGAAUAUGUGUCUGAUAUGCACUUUGAUAUGUCAUACAAAUCAUCCAUAUGGUGCUUUGGGAGUAAAGAAAAUACUGUACAGUGUAAGACCGACUCUGAUUGUGGUUUUGUCUUGUAGGUAUAGCGCCCUCUCUCCUGUGGAGAGAGUGAUGACCAAAAAUAGACAUCUAUGAAAAAAAAAUCUGACUUGCAAAGCCUUUUAAAUUUAACCGGCUGAAGCCACCGCCGACUACCGUGUCGAAUCAAAGGCGACGGUGGUAGGCACGCUCAGCGUUGGAACUAUUGAUGCCAUGCCGCCAACGAAAUUAAUUAGCGGCGGCAAGUAAUCCUUUGUAUUACUUUUUGUAUUCAGCACUUAAGAUGGACGCCAGUGGCUUGAAUGACCUCUGCGUGCUGAUUAAGGAAUUACAGGUCCAGAUUUUGGAUCGAUACAGAUGUUGCUCAGUUGAAUAAAGGAAUAGUGAAAAGUUGA